CCUAGGAGCGGUGGUCGGUGGGCGGUGGUGCUGCCUGCGCUCAGCUGUAGAGCCUGCACCCGGGGUCCGCUGCGUGGGGCGCGGGUGUGACCGCAGCACCCGGUGCGCGGUGCAGAGACUGCGGGAGGCGGGUUCCAGAGCCCAGGGCCACAGCCAGGGGCUCUGCCAGCCGAACGUCUCUUUCGGCAGUUGGUCUGGGUCUUCUACCUAGUUCAAAAAUGAGGAGAUGGAGUCGUUCCUUCUGGAUGACUUUAACAAACUGAUACAGAACAAGGCCAUAGAGAGAGUCAUCACACCAAUGACUGUCCAGCUUUGCCAUCUGCUUAUCUCAAUGGAGAGGAAAGAGGUGAAAAAUGAAUCACUCGCCUCUUUGCAGAUGGUAGCAGAGGAACUGGCCAGUGCUAGUGAGGAGUUCAUACAAGCUGCCCACAGGUUGGCUGGAGACUCUGAGGAGGAGUGGCUCAGGCAGGAAAUGAAGCCUGUGGUGGAGUCCCUGAUCCUUUCUGGAAGGAACGUCACACUGGUAGCCCAGAGGCUCCACCUGCAGCCAGAAUAUCAGUGCCACCGGAAGGAGCUGGUAACCAUCACUCAGCAGUUCCUCCUGGACACCACAAAGGUCCUGCUCCUCGAAGACGCAGAGAUGGCGAGGCAGGCAGAGCCAGCGGCCAGUUGGUGUAUGGCCUGCCUGGACGCGCUGGAGGCUGCAAGAGGAAGCGGCCUCGCUGCGCCUCUCGUUCGCAGACCUAGGGGCCGCGCUGCUGCACCUGGAAGGCCUGACCCGGCGCUGGGACUAGCGCCUGGUCGCGCCCGCCAGCUGCUGGGGCGCUGCGUCCCCGCGCUGCUCGCCGCCGCCAGCGGCCACCUCCGGCAUCCGAGCUACCCGCAGCUGGCUUCCUCCAGGCGCCGCAUCUUCGCUCUGACCAGGAAGAGCCUGGGCAAGCUCCUGGCGCAGCUGCAGCCCGGCGCCGCGGUGCCAGCUGCGCGCUCUCGGAACGGCGUCUUGGCACGUCUCCUGCGACAGCUGCUGGCGGCACCCGGGCCCGCCCCACUGCGCCGAGGCUUGCUGGACGAGCGGCUGGCUGCCGUGGUGUGGCUCUGCCUGCGCCUAGCCGCCGGCUCCGCGCCCCCGGAGAGGAUGCACCUAGUGUCCCGCUGCCACCGGCUGCUGGAGCUCCGACCCGGGAUCGACCGGCCUCCAGGGACCAGCCAGGGGACGGCACGCGAAGCGCUGCGAGCAGCUACCGAUGCCCUUCAUCAGGGGGUCUGCGACGGGCUACUGCGCCAGAUUCUGGACACGUUCACAGACACUCACUGUCCUCUUGAGAUCCUGGUCCAGGCUGCAUUGGCGACUUCCAUGGUCAGGACCCCGCACGAUAGUGAAGCCCUGGCGAAGAGCCUCCAGCUUCACCUUGAUGCUUUCCAUGACCAAGCUAGGCAGAUGGUCCAUGUGGCACACUUGGUGGUGUUUUGCUGCUCCCAACAACAAACUGGCAGAGACGUGGAAGCUGCUGUGGCAGGUGUUCGGAAUCUUGAGUCAAAGCAAAAGAGCUUUUCUCACAAAUUCCCCAAAGGUGUAGCCUGGACUGGAGCCCUGCCACCCUGCAGGCCCUGCUUGAGGCCUGAGCAAGGGAAUCUCAACAUUUGUUGGCAUGCUUUGAUGAAGUUCUCAAUAUUCCUGAAUUACUGAGUGUGUCCAUUCAGGAAAUGACCAAGCACCUGAAC